AUGAAGACCGAAGAAGUUGCACAGCUCGCAAAGAGCCUCGAGCCGGUAGACUUCAAGGCCAUCGAGCCACAUUUGCUAGCAUUGGACAAACAUCUCACCCUGAGAACAUUCGUUGAUGGUGGUUAUAAAUUGAGCGAAAUCGAUACCAAAAUAUGGGUCACACUUCGAAGCAACAAAGUUGCCAACGCCUUUAUUAAGCGGGGAGCUCUGGCAAAUGUUUCAAGAUGGUUUUCAUACAUUGAGGAAACUCACCCAGAAAUUCAAGAGGAGAUCAAAUUAAAGGAUGAAGCUGCCAGAGCUAAAAUCGCGGCCUCGAGUAAAGCUGGCGCAAGUUACAAGAUGGCGCUGCAAGAUACUGAGAAGGGUGUAGUAACAAGAUUUCCCCCAGAACCUUCUGGAUAUUUGCACAUUGGACACGCGAAAGCAGCACUUCUCAACGAUUAUUUCGCACACGAGCUUUACAAAGGCACGCUUCUUCUGCGAUUCGAUGACACCAACCCAAGUAAGGAAAAACAAGAAUACCAGGACGCUAUUGUUGAAGACUUGGCGCUCAUGGGUAUCAAACCUGACAAGACCAGCUAUACCAGCGAUUACCUCCAGAUACUUUACGAUUAUGGAGUUCGUAUGAUCAAGGAAGGACAUGCCUACGCAGAUGAUACAGAUCAAGCAACCAUGCAGAAGGAGAGGUUUGACGGUAUCGCAAGCAAGAACCGAGAUUUAAGUGUCGAGGAGAAUUUGGCAAUUUUUGAAGAAAUGAAGGCGGGUACCGAGAAGGGAGUCAAGAAUUGCCUCCGAGCAAAGUUAUCCGUGGACAACCCAAACAAAGCUAUGCGAGAUCCGGUAAUUUAUCGCUGCAACGUUGACACACCACAUCACCGAACUGGAACCGUGUGGAAGAUUUACCCAACUUAUGAUUUCGCCUGUCCAAUUGUCGAUUCCAUCGAAGGCGUCACACAUGCUCUGAGAACAACCGAAUAUACGGACAGAAAUCCUCAAUACCAAUGGUUUCUUGAUACCCUGAAACUGAGACAAGUGCAUAUGUGGGAUUUUGCGAGAAUGAACUUUAUUAGAACAGAACUUUCAAAACGAAAACUUACCAAAUUAGUGGACGCCGGAACUGUUUGGGGUUGGGACGACCCUCGAAUGCCAACUAUUCGCGGAGUACGAAGGAGAGGUAUGACAAUUCCUGCGCUUCGAGAUUUCAUUUUGAAACAAGGACCAAGUCGAAAUAUUGUUGUCAUGGAUUGGACAAACUUCUGGGCUUCAAAUAAGAAAGAAAUUGAUCCGAUUGCACCACGACACACUUCAGUUGAUGCUGCCAAUGCUGUCAAGGCGACGGUCAUCAAUGGGCCAGAAAAAGCAUAUACCGAGGACAAGCCAAAGCACAAUAAGAACCCGGCCGUUGGAACCAAGAGAGUUGCCUACAGCAAGAACCUCCUGUUCGACCAGGAGGAUGUGAAGUUGUUUAAAGAAGGAGAGGAAAUCACUUUGAUGAACUGGGGUAACGCUUUUGUACGAAAGAUCAAUGGCUCAAGUCCCAUCACGGAUAUUGAGCUCGAAUUACACCUCGAGGGAGACGUGAAGAAGACGGAAAAGAAGGUCACAUGGCUAUCAGCCGAAGGACAAGAUCUCAUCAAGGCAGAUGUAUGGGAGUUCGAUUACCUAAUGUCGAAGGACAAACUUGACGAGGGUGACAACUGGGAGGAUUUUGUCACUCCAAACUCAAGUCACAAGGUCGAAGCGUUAUGUGAUUGUAAUGUUACGGAUUUGAAGGAAGAUGAUAUUAUCCAACUUGAGCGGAAGGGGUAUUUUAGGGUUGAUAAGGCGGCGAAGGGAGACCAGCCAUUGGUUCUCUUCGGUAUUCCCACGGGAAAGACGAAAUAG